ACUAGAUAGAAAAUAGAUGUGAUAGGUGUUGGGAAAAUUCGAGCUGCCCUGUUCAAAAAACGACACGCACACGACGUGCACAGACGACCCAAACGAAAAGAAAAGACGACCACGACGGCCAGAAAUAAGCAAAUUAUUUGGCUAACAAUCGUCGAAAGGGACACUAAGGAUUACCCAGCCGACGAUUGUUGGUUAAAUUUUGCUAACGGCAGCGCGAAAACUUUCUAAAACCAUAAUCUAAGAUAUUAAAUUCUGAAUCAAAAUCCAUCGAUCUGCAAAGUGAAUGAAAUAACGAACAAGUGCAAAAUUGGAAACCCACUGAAACUGUGACAAAAUUUUGCAUUUAAACGAGCGCAUAUAUAGCGGAUGCAUAUAUAUGCAGAAUACGAGCAAAAGUGUUAAUUCUAAUUUUCCCUAAUUAUUCAUAAUUACGGAAAACUUGUAAGGAGGAUUUAUGACGUGGCUAAAGUGCUAACCACGCUGGAAACUCGAGGAUAAUUUGUUGUGUUGAUUAUUAUGGGGCGGCUAACCAUUUGGUUCCUCCUGGGACUAACGUUAAUCGCCGUUUCCAAUAAUGUUGGGUUUGUCAAUGCCGAUGUCGGACCAAGCGAAUCAGAAUGUCGACCCUACAUUGAGAAGGCUAUUCAUGAAUUGAAAACAGAUGGUGUCAGGGAUGGAUCUGGAGAACUGCAAUCCGAUCAGCCACGUGGGGACGACGACGAUGACGACGAUGAUGGUGGGCAUUCUGCGGUUGAUGAGAAAGAGACGAUUGAAAUUGAAACUGUCGAAUUGGAUUCCACAGAGGACGCGAAAAGUGCCAACGAUUUGGAUGGAGAUGGAAUACCCGAUGACGAGGACGAUGAUAUCGAUGGGGACGGCAUUCCGAACGAAAAGGACGAUGAUAUCGAUGGAGAUGGCAUACCGAACGACGAGGAUGAUGACAUCGAUGGCGAUGGCAUCCCGAAUGAAGAUGACGACGAUAUUGAUGGCGAUGGUGUGCCCAACUCCAAGGACGAGGACAUCGAUGGGGAUGGUGUGCCCAACUCCAGGGACGAAGACAUCGAUGGCGAUGGCAAGGCAAAUCACGAGGAUGAUGAUCUAGAUGGUGAUGGCACUCCAAAUCAUGAGGACGAAGAUCUCGAUGGAGACGGUGUGCCCAACGAGGAAGAUGAUGACCUCGAUGGUGAUGGCAAAAUAAAUCACGAGGAUGAAGACCUCGAUGGUGAUGGAGUGAAAAAUGACGAAGACGAGGAUCUCGAUGGAGACGGCAAAGUGAAUCACGAGGACGAAGAUCUUGAUGGAGAUGGCGUGAAGAACGAAAAGGACGACGAUUUGGAUGGCGAUGGUACCAACAAUUCUCAGGAUGAAGACCUAGAUGGUGAUGGUGUGCCAAAUGAAAAGGACGACGAUCUGGAUGGAGAUGGCAUCCUGAACGAGCACGACGGUGAUGUGGAUGGCGAUGGAGUUCCCAAUGAACACGAUCACAAGGAUAGCGGUGAGAAUGCCGAUGAUGAUGAUGACGACGAUGAUGAGGAUGACAAGGAGGCGGUCAAGAAGCGAAGCAAACGUGAAGUGGAUGCUGCUCCUGUUCUGGACAUUCAGGCUCCACCAAGUCCCGCCGAAGAAUUUCCCGUAGAGGAAGAAAUCGUAAAGGAGGCAUCUGCCGAAGAGGAAGCCGAAGUUGAGGCUGUGAAAUUAGAGGAGCCCGAGCAGGAAGCUGUUCAGGAACCCGAACCGGAACCGGAAGUGGAACCAGAACCGGAAGUGCAACCCGAACCAGUCCAGCAGGAAGAAGAGAAGGCCGAAUCUGCCGAAGUAACGGAGGAGGAAAAGCCAGCACCAGUGGAGGAGGCUGAGGAGGAAUCUGUGCAGCCAGAAGCCGCUCCCAAAAAAAUCGAAGCUGUCCAGGAGGAAGCACAAGAUGAACCCCAAGUCGAUGCCGCACAAGAUGCCGCACAAGAUUCCGCUGAUGAUGACGAUGACGAUGAUGACACCAAGCCAGAGGAUGAGCUUCUUUGGGAAGGACACAUUCCUGAGAACCGCCGCAGUCGCCAGCACAUUACCGAACUGCUCCAGCUGGACGAGGAGUUCAAUGCCCGCGAGAAGGCUACCGACAACGUGGCCGAGAUCAUCCUGCGGGACAUUAAGCGCAUCUACGAGAACGCUGUCAAGCCCCUGGAGACCCUGUACAAGUACCGCGACCUGAGCAACCGCCACUUCAGCGAUCCCGAGAUCUUCUCCAAGCCACUGAUUCUGUUCAUGGGUCCCUGGUCCGGCGGCAAGUCGUCCAUCCUUAACUAUUUGACCGACAACGAGUACACGCCGAACUCUUUGAGAACUGGUGCUGAACCCUCUCCGGCCUACUUCAACAUUCUGAUGUGGGGCAAUGAGACGGAGGUUCUGGACGGAACCCAACUGGCGGCGGACUACACCUUUGCUGGCCUUCAGAAGUUCGGUCAGGGAUUGGAGGAGCGCCUGCGUGGUCUGAAGAUGAAGAGCAAGAUCCUCGAGAAGGUCAACAUCGUCGAGAUACCCGGCAUUCUAGAGGUGCGCAAGCAAGUGUCCCGCGUCUUCCCCUUCAACGACGCCUGCCAGUGGUUCAUCGAUCGGGCGGACAUCAUCUUCUUGGUCUACGACCCGGCCAAGUUGGAUGUGGGCCCCGAGACGGAGGCCAUUCUCGACCAGCUGAAGGGGCGCGAGUACCAGACGCGCAUCAUCCUCAACAAGGCGGACACCGUCAAGCCUGAGGAGCUGUUGCGCGUCCAGGGCGCCCUCAUCUGGAACAUCUCGCCCCUGAUGUCCUCCGCCCAGCCGCCGCUGAUGUACACCACCUCGCUGUGGACCCAUCCCUACCAGGAUGGCGCUCCCGCCCGCCUGCUGCUCGCCCAGGAGCGCGCCUUCUUGCGCGACCUGCGCACAGCCAUCGACAAGCGCAUCGAGCACAAGAUCGCCAGCGCACGUCGUUUUGCGGUGCGUGUGCGCAAUCACGCCAAGAUGGUGGACUGCUACCUGAACACGUUCAACAACCACAAGACGCUGUUUGGAAACAAGAAGCGCAUCGCCGAUGACAUCAUCGAUCAUCCGCAGAACUACCACAUCUACGAGGGACUCUCCACACUGACGAACAUCUCGCGCUACGAUCUUCCGGAUCCGGAAGUCUACCGCGACUUCUUCCGCCUGAAUCCGCUGUACGAAUUCAAGAAGCUGAGGGACACCUGCACCUACUUCCGCGGCUGUCCGAUCACCAAACUGGACCUGGCCAUUGCCUACGAGCUGCCCGAGUUGGCCGGCAAGUACAAGAAGAUGUCCGAGGCUGCGUUGGCCGCCAUUGAGGCACAGCAGCAGGAUGGAACCUUGAGCCAAGCCGAGCCUAAGAGGACGAGUUGAGGUGUUGGCUCCUCCCAGAGGAGAAAACCUGCCAUUUAGUUUGUUUUAGUGAGAGAUAGAGAGAGAAUGUGACAUCGGCACCGGAAACCGUCUAUAGGGAAUUAAUAUCGAGAAGGGAGAAAUGUUAUAGAACCCCCAGAAAUCGGUAGAGAACAACAGCGCAAGACAAAAAACAAGGACAUUGUUUGAGGAGAGAGAGGUAUAGCUUAGCUAAAGAGAGAGAAAGCCGGAGAAAGUGUGUGAGAGAGAGGGCGAAAUGAAAGAGAGAGAGAGGCAAGAGCGUUUUGAAAAAAAAAACAAUUGUUGCUUUGGAGAACUUUCAAUUUCAACCGCCUUGCAGGAGAUCUUUAUUUUCAUUUCAUUUACUACAACUUAACCGAACUGAGAGCUUUAUGAGAGGGAAACUAAUACAAUAUCGAGAGCAAAACACAGACACAAUAAAUACUUUCAUAUUUAUCCAAGUAGAGAGGGAACAUAGAGUCUUUUCUAGGCGAGUAGAUCAGCACUUAUCCCAAAUCUGAGAGCAAUAACUAAUGUACGAACUAUCGACGACUUCUAACCCACAUACAUAACCCCAAAAUCCGACCCCUCAUUGGCUAAUAGCACCGUAUAAUUCCCAUGUUCCCGGUUUUUUUUUCUUUUCUUUCCUCAAAUAGUAAAGGACAACAGCGCAGAGUUUUGAUUUUGAGAUCUGAGAUUUGAGUUUUGAGCAAAUGGAAUUUCGUAAAGUUUUAAUUUCUUUGGUUUCUUGUUUCUGUCCCUGGCGAUUUUUCGUAGCUUAUAAGACUUUUUUGAUAAAAGCAAACAGUGAAGACGAUAAUAAUGAAUUAAACCUAUUUAAAUAGAACAAAUAAUCUUGUUGGCGAGCGAGAACAGCUCCUAUACAUAAAAUUUAAAUAAUCAAUUUUACACACUGAAAGCCUAUGUAAAAAAUGAACUGUGAGAGCGGGUGAAAUACACAAAUAAAUAAAAACAACAACAGAAAACCCCAAGCAA